UUGAACAAAACUGCUACAACUGAUUUGUUGAAGACGUUCGUUCCUCUGUUUGACAGAGUUCUUGUUGAGAAGUUUGCUCCCGAAACUAAGACGAAAGGCGGAAUAAUGCUUCCGGAAAAAUCGCAGGGAAAAGUGCUUGAAGCUACCGUGGUGGCGACCGGUGAAGGAGCUCGAGACGAAUCAGGGAAGAGAUUGCCAAUGACUAUUAAGCCUGGAGACAGAGUGCUUUUACCUGAAUACGGUGGUACGAAAAUUGCAGUAGAAUCCAAAUUCUGUUGCAAUUCUAGUUUUUAUCUUUUAGGAAUAUUUCAUAUUCAGAGAAAGCGAUAUCCUUGGAAAGUGGAAUGA